CCGCCGCCGGCCGAGCAACCACAUACUCCAGUCUCCAGCUUCCAAUCCAACCAGCGCACACACGCCGCCGCCGCCGCCGCCGCCACGACCCAAGACACGCGCCCGCUAGCCUACGAGUGCCAGGUCGGGAACCAUGGAAGGGGAGGACGCGAGCUCGGCGGCGGAGGCGGCGCUGGGGCUGAGCCCGCAGCUCUUCAUCAACGAGGUCCUCAACACCGUCGACGAGGUCCGCUGCCAGGCCUUCGAGUACUGCCUCCAGCACGGCGCCCCCGAAGCCGUCGGCGCCGCCACGGCCGCCCAGAAGGCCCAGGAGCUGGAGCGCGGGGUAACUGAAAUUCACCACUUGGUAAGGGAUGUAUUGGAUACGAGAAUGAGCAGGUGGGAGGCCUAUUGCCUUCGGCAUUGUCUAACUGUACCUGAGGGAUUCGUGGCGCCUGAAGAUGAUAAUUCUUCUGCAAAGGUGUUGGAUAAAGAUGGAAAUCAUGAUUUGGAGCUGGAUGAAGAACUCAAUUUAUUGAGGAAAAAACUAGAAGCUGCUAACAAGGAAUCUGAAGAACUGCAAAGAGAGAUUUCUUCCUUGGAAAGGCAAAAUACGUACAGGAGUACCCUUAAUUCCUCCAUAGCUGAAGUAGUGAAAUUGUUUGAAGACAAAUCUGUUCAGGACAAUAUUCAAGCUCUCGUGAACACACUACCAAAGCUGCACCAGAAAAUGAAGGUCAUGAAAAGGAAAAAAGUUGAGGCUGAGAGCAUGGUGGGCCAAAAUGUUUUGAACAUCAGCGGUGUUAGAGACCAGAAGCGUUUAGCAUUGGGUUCUGCUGCUAGCACCGAAGACAUUCAGGAGGUGAACGAGGCUAUGAAUGGGUUGCGGAAGGAGUAGCUCACGUUGUUAAGGCAGCCUUUGCCAUAUCAGCAUGUAGACUACUCAUCUCCUUAGCUCCGCUGUAAUCUUGCCAAGCUACACUCUCGCUAGCUGCCUAUGUGAUGUAAACCUGAACUGCAAUUCGAGCAGAACAGCUGUGUGUAUAUGUCAAUCAUGUAUCAUAUGUCAAUCAUGUAUUUCCAUUUUUUUC